CGGCCCCGCCCCCUUGACGGGCCAAUCAGCCGCGCGUCCGGGAAGGACGUACAGCCGCCGGCCGAGCGAAUCGAUGAGGACGCGCGCCAGGCAGGCCCCCAGCUGAAGUGCCCGGCGGCUUGCGGGGCGGCUGGCCAUCUUCGCUAGCUGCCAAGUCUGUUAUCUGUCUUCCCGGAGAGGCAGGCGGGCGACCCGAGACGUGAGUCCGCGAGGUGGAUUCUUUACCGUCUGAGCCACCAGAGAAGCCCAGUGUAAAAUAAUUACAUACAAUUUGGAAAGUCAAGCAGAGUGCUGUGCAUUCACGCAGGAUGCUGUAUUCUCUGCUCCUCUGUGAAUGUCUGUGGCUGAUAACUGCUUAUGCUCAUGAUGAUGAAUGGAUUGAUCCCACAGACAUGCUUAACUAUGAUGCUGCUUCAGGAAGAAUGAGAAAAUCUCAGGUGAAAUAUGGUAUAUCAGAGAAAGAAGAGGUCAAUCCUGACUUAUCAUAUGCUGAUGAAUUAUCACAAUGUUACAACAGACUUGAUUCUUUAACUUAUAAGAUUGAUGAAUGUGAAAAGCAAAAGAGAAAAGACUAUGAAAGUCAAAGCAAUCCGGUUUUUAGGAGAUACUUAAAUAAGAUUUUGAUUGAAACCAAAAAGCUUGGACUUCCUGAUGAAAACAAAGAUGACAUGCAUUAUGAUGCCGAGAUUAUCCUUAAAAGACAAACCUUGUUAGAAAUACAAAAGUUUCUCAGUGGAGAGGAUUGGAAGCCAGGUGCCUUGGAUGAUGCACUAAGUGAUAUUUUAAUUAAUUUUAAGUUUCAUGAUUUUGAAACAUGGAAGUGGCGAUUUGAAGAAUUUUUUGGAGUGGAUCCGUAUAAUGUGUUCAUGGUGCUUCUGUGUCUGCUCUGCAUCGUGGUGUUAAUAGCUACUGAGCUCUGGACCUAUGUUCGUUGGUACACCCAGUUGAAACGUGUUUUAUUCAUCAGUUUUCUCAUCAGUUUGGGAUGGAAUUGGAUGUAUUUAUAUAAGCUCGCUUUUGCCCAGCAUCAGGCUGAAGUUGCCAAGAUGGAGCCACUUAACAAUGUAUGUGCUGAGAAGAUGAACUGGAGUGGAAGUCUCUGGGAAUGGCUUAGAAGUUCAUGGACCUAUAAGGAUGACCCAUGCCAGAAAUACUACGAGCUCUUACUAGUCAACCCUAUUUGGCUGGUCCCCCCAACAAAGGCACUGGCAGUUACAUUCACCAACUUUGUCACGGAGCCACUGAAGCAUGUUGGGAAGGGAGCUGGUGAAUUCAUUAAAGCACUCAUGAAGGAGAUCCCAGUGUUCCUGCACAUCCCAGUGCUGAUAAUUAUGGCAUUAGCUGUCCUGAGUUUCUGCUAUGGUGCUGGCAAAUCAGUCAAUAUGCUGAGACAUGUGGGUGGUCCUGAAAGAGAAGCACCCCAGGCACUUCAGGCAGGUGAAAGAAGACGGCAGCAGAAAAUCGAUUAUAGAUCCCAUGGUGGAGCAGGUGAUGCAGAUUUCUAUUAUAGGGGCCAAAUUAGCCCCAUUGAGCAAGGCCCUAAUGACAACACAUAUGAGGGUAGAAGAGAUGUUUUGAGAGAGAGAGAUGUUGGCUUGAGAUUUCAGACUGGCAACAAGAGCCCUGAAGUGCUUCAGCCAUUUGAUUUACAAGAAGCAGAGGCGAGAGAGCAUCCCAAGGUGGUACCUGGUCUUAAAUCACCUAAUUUGGAAUCGAAGCCCAGAGAGAUGGGUGAAAUCCCAGGAGAAAGCACUCCGACAGAAAGCAGUACUGAAAGCAGCCAGCCAGCGAAGCCUGUCUCUGGUCAGAAGGUGUCAGAGGGUGCAGAAGGUUGCCCUGCAGUGGAGAAGGCCCAGCUUGGGACUGAUGCCGCAGGCGGCCCAGAGGAAGGCAGCACGUGCAGCCCAGCAAGCACCGCAGUGGAAGUGUGCGGCUAGAGGAGCACAGACACGGGCCACGGUUCUGAGGUCGUCUUCAAGUUCUGUAAAGUAAUCUCUUCACAGCUCUUUCUUCUGCACAUAUUCUGAUAUUUACUACAUAGGUGCCAACUUUAAACAUCAGUAUUUUUACUGACAAUCAGAAUUAACAAGUGUGCAUGUAUCUCUGUCGAAUUUCAUUUCUUUGAUAUUAAGAUGCAUCCCAUAAAGUUUUUGAAGUGUUAAUUUUGGAACAGGAUCUCAUAGAUGAACAUAUGGCAGGUAUUAAUGAUUUUGAAUCGUGAAAAAGACCGUGUGAGGUAGGGGACAUUGAAAAAGAAGUUGUUUACAGGCAUGUAUAGGAACCAACUCACCAAAGUGUGCUUUGCCUUUUGGAAGUCCUGUGAUACCUACUUUAGUUAAUAGAAUUAUUUCUUAGUUGUGCAUCGGACCCAGAAUGUUUCUAAAAAUGGUAGCUACUCAAAAACAACAUUGAAGGAAAGUCACUGCAGUCAAGUUUACCCGCGAGGUCUGCCCCUGAAGCCAUGCGCUGCAGCAUUUUAGAGCAGCCGUGGAGUCUGCGUCACCAGAGUCAGUCUGACCCCAUGUAGGCGGCCCACCAACCAACCUCAUUGCUCAACUCUUACAGCUGUUACUGGGCCUGCUUCUUUAUCACCCUUUUACUUUACCCUUAGCUAAGACAGAACUGAAGACUGUCAGGGGAAUUUAGGUUACAUAGCUUGUUCAAUUGAUAAUCUCAAUUUUACAUACUUUGAGAAUGGCUUUAUUUCCCCAGUAAAUAAGUACACAGGCUUUAUAAGGCCUGUUUUCCUUGCUACUUAGAAUCCCAGAUUUGAGGUUAUUAGAUAUUACUGUAUCUUACAUUAUAGUAAACCAUAUUGUUCAAGCCAUAUGAAGAUCUAAAUUUUAGAGAUCUAUACAAAGAGAAGGAUAAAUACCAUGAUAAAAGACGAGUGGGUUUUUAACCCUAGACAGGUGAUAUAAUCCACACUUUAGUUAUUCUGAUUUUCAAACUGUUCUUCAUUUUAAACUUAAAAAAAAAAGCAAUUUAUAAAUUUUGCACAAAAUCUAGCUAGGAAGCCACAAUUAUAUGCAUUUGGGUAUUCUUUUAACUUUCACACUACAAGUUCCAGUCAGCUGCUUACUAAAAAUGAUACGAGUCGUUUUAAAAUUUUCAUGCAGGCAUUUCUUUCAGAAAAGAUUUAAAGCAUUUGCUUUUCUAUGUUUUUUUUUACAUGAAAUGCAGAAUACCCCUUCUUGGAUCUCAGAAGCAUUACUUAGAUGCCUAUAACAAAUUUAAUUUUGUGUUAAUAUUAUUUUCUAGCUUAAUACUGCAAAACAUCAUUAGUAUUUCAUCAGAAAGGUAAUUUUUUCCAAUAAAUGCAAAAUGAUUUAUAUAAAACUUUACAGCACAGGCAUGUAAGGAUGUCUGCAUUUUGGGAUAGAUUGUGAACAUCGAUGCGUAUAAAGUAGUCCUCUGGGGGCCAGGUCUGUUUACUCUGUUGGUGAAUGUGCUCCCAAGGUGCUAUUUAUCCUCUGAGCGGUGAAAUGGAUCCUCAGUUGAUAGACUGUAACUGUGAGAGUAGAGUUAAUGUUAUUUUGCACUUCUGACUGCUGCUUAUCAAUCCAAAAGUGAAUCUUUAAAAGAAAAUUUAAGUAAAAGUUCAUCUUUGUAUUCUUUCAUUACAGACAACCAUUUGGGGAUGAACUCUACUUUGACAGCUAACAAGGCAACAAGGUACUGCUGUUGAAAGAUAACAGCAGAGUUCAGGGAAGACUUAUUAAAGCAAAUUGAAUAUUCAAGGUCAGUUUGUAACUAAAAGAAAUAGGCUUGUUUAUUGUUUAGCCAACAUUUAUCAUUAAAGUCAAGGACUAUAGUAACAAGCUUUUAGGAAUAGUAGACUGAGGCAGACAGCUUUUUUAAAGCAAUUUUUAAGUGGAAUGGCUAACACUGAAUGUUUAUGGUGUCUAAGAGCUACACAAAAUAAACACUUAUUUUUACAUUA